AUGCAACUGAAUGCCAGCAUGCCAACUAGCACAUCAAAAGUUUUACCAAGAUUACCUAUUCCUGACUUGCAGGGAACCCUCAACAGGUACCUUGAUCGGGUUGGACCACUUCAAGACGAGCGCAAACAUCAAAGAACGAGGGAUACGGUACUAUCAAAUGAUAAUUUGGAACGCCUUACGAUACUGCAAGAGCGUCUUAUUGAUUAUGACAGAGAGCUGAGUGUAGUUGCACCACAGUCAUCGUAUAUCGAGCAAUUUUGGUACGACUCGUACUUGCAAUAUGACGAGUCAGUGGUGCUGAACGUUAACCCUUAUUUUGAGUUGCAGGACGACCCAACUCUGCGCCACUGCGAAGGCACAGGACCAUUUGGAGAGCACACAAGACAGGUGCAACGCGCAGGCAAGUUGGUGCUUUCCAUUUUGAAAUUCGUGAGGGAGAUCAGGCGCGGCACUCUCAAAGAGGACAAGAUUCGGGGCAAUGCACUUUCUAUGGAUCAAUAUGGAAAACUUUUUGGGUCUGCACGGAUUCCCCCGGGCCCCAAAGAUCAAUCAUGCCAUCUCCAGACUGACUCGACGUCGCACCACGUUGUGGUAAUGUACAAGUCUCAGUUUUACUGGUUUGAUGUGCUAGAUUUAAACAAUAAUCCAAUUUUUUCAACCUUGGAAGAGUUAGAGUGGAAUCUGUACUCCAUUGUUAAAGAUGGCGACAAAACAGAAAACGACCAUCUGAAACGUUACCCAUGGGGCAUCUUUACCACCGAGAAUAGGCGCGUGUGGUCAAACAUUAGAGAUUACAUUUGUAAGAGUUCAGACAACACUAAUUGGAAAAAUCUCAAAAUUAUUGACAGUGCCCUAUUCAUCAUUUGUCUUGACGAUGUUUCUCUUAAUGACGAGGAAGUGGUUGUCAAGUCCAUGCUUUGUGGCACCUCCGAGGUGAAUUUGGAUCUGGACUACCAAGGUGCUUCGCUAGGGUUACCCAUCGGUGUCCAGCGAGGUACAUGCUUGAACAGAUGGUACGAUAAGCUGCAGCUUAUCGUCACGCGCAAUGGCAAGGCUGGUAUCAAUUUCGAGCACACAGGAAUUGAUGGGCAUACUGUGUUACGUUUAGCCACGGACAUUUACACAGAUUCGAUGCUAAGUUUUGCACAAGGUAUAACGAAAAGUGUGCCGCGCGUGUUCCAUGACGAAGUGGAUGCGUCGAGUCAGAAUCCUGUGGCGAGAGCAAAUUUAAUAACGAUUCCUCGUAAAUUAGAGUGGCAGGUAGAUUCAUUUCUAUUAUCCUCAUUACACUUUGCUGAGACUCGCGUUUCUGAUCUAAUCUCUCAAUUUGAGUUUGCGACACUUGAUUUUAAGGUGUAUGGCGCUAGCCAUAUUAAGACAGAUUUCAAAACUUCCCCAGAUGCUUUUCUUCAAAUGGCUUUCCAGGCUGCAUAUUUCGCCCUCUACGGCAAGUUUGAGAUGACUUAUGAGCCUGCAAUGACUAAAUCCUUCCAAAACGGCAGAACGGAGGCAAUCAGAAGUGUCUCAGAAGCCUCGAAGGCGUUCGUCAAAGCAAUGUUUAGCCGCAUGAGCACAGAUAAAGAACGUGUUCAGCUGUUACGUGCUGCUUGCCAGGAGCAUUCACGAAUUACCAGGGAAUGUUCUAGUGGCCUCGGCCAGGAUCGCCAUUUAUACGCCCUAUAUUGCAUAUGGAAGGAGCAAUUUUCAGAAGAAAUGCCAAUACCACCAUUGUUCCAAGAUUCUGCGUGGUCCUUAAUGAAUACUAAUGUGAUUAGCACAUCCAAUUGUGGUAAUCCCUCUUUGAAGAGUUUUGGCUUUGGACCGGUUUGCGCGAAUGGCUUUGGAAUCGGCUAUAUAAUUCGCGACAGGUCCAUAUCAAUAGUAGUAUCUUCCAAGCACAGACAGACCAAGAGAUUUGUGUCCCUCAUCGAGCGGUUUCUUUUUGAGAUGAACCGCGUUGUUCAUGACAGUCACGAUGCACAUCUGGGUGUUACUUCCCGCCAUCAAUCUGACGAUCUACGUUACUUACUAUCUGGCUAUGACUGUUUAACGUUUGUCUAA